GCUCAGUUGUGUCUCGAUUGCGAGCAGCAGCGAUCAGAAUAAAAAUUAACAAUGGAAAUUAAGUUGCAGUUUCAAUUAAAAAUAUUGCUUGUGUUGUUUAUAGUGCAGGUGAUAAAGACGCAAGAUCUAGAUAUUGUUAACUCCUGCACCAAUGUUAAGAAGAUUGUCUUUGACGAGGAGCACGGCUUCAGUUUUCUACUGCCCAAUGCGCCCAUAACAGUAAAAAAGAUCGACAAAUGUAAAAGCUAUACGCCUUUGAUAGUGGGUGGCAAGCCCGCAGAGCCCAAAGAGUUCGCUCCAAUGGCACGCUUGGGUAAUCGUAAUGACAAGAAUGUGACCAACUGGUUCUGUGGCGGCACUUUGAUCAACAAUCGCGUAGUGCUGACUGCAGCGCAUUGCCUUUACUCAGAUUCUGGCGCUGUUAAUGUGGUGCGUCUUGGCGAUCUAGAUUUUGCCACAGAGACUGAUGAUGCGGAUCCGGAAGAUUUCGGUGUGCAAAAUAUCACAGAGCAUCCAGAUUACAAAUAUCCUGAUCUGUAUAAUGAUAUAGCGCUUUUAAAACUCGAUCGUGGCGUAAGAUUCAAUGUUUACAAGCAUCCUGCUUGCUUGCCUUUUGAUGACGGCUCCAAGGCAGAUACUUUUACUGCCACUGGCUGGGGUGAUGUCAAGUUUGCAGGCAGAUCUUCAACCCGGCUGCUAAAAGUUAAGCUUGACAAUUAUGGCAGCGUGUGCCCCACGGCGAGCGACAUUGAUGAGCUGCCGAAUGGCUUUAAUGUCAGCACACAGCUCUGCAUUGGUUCCACGGAGCGCAAGGAUACGUGCAAUGGGGAUUCUGGUGGCCCUGCGUUGGGCUAUCACGCAGAUUAUCCUUGCAUGUAUCAUGUAAUGGGCAUUACCUCCAUUGGCAUUGGCUGCGGUGAGCCCAAUAAGCCCACUAUAUAUACGCGAGUGCAUUUUUAUCUCGAUUGGAUAAAGCUGGAGUUGAGUAAAUUUUCUUGAAAACUUAUUAACAUA